CAAAGCGGAAGACAUAUAUAUGACGACUAGAACCGACAAGCGCUUUAAUGAGCGACACACCUGUACAUAUAGACGUCGAUAGAAGUAUUCUCGAGCCGACAGGUGCCCGAAAACCGCAACAUAUGCAGACAGCAGACGAUGGCCCUACAGUAUAAAAACACCAACGACCCGAGAAAACUGGACCUGUGUUAGGAUAAACUUCUCUUCCCCAGACCAUCAUGACCUGACUGACCUAGGUCUUCAUUGCAUCAUCCUCAUCUGAAGGAAAUUACCGAGGCUGAGUUCAGUCAAACAGAGCAGGAACACGUUCUUGCACAUGACACAAAAGCGAAUUAUCACGCGUGGAACCAGCGAGAUCGCUAGUUAACAUUAGCGUCGUUGACUGUCAAUAUCUGACGUUGCCCUGGAUACUGACCUAGAUACUGACGUCAGAUGUACGACCGAUAUCAGGCCAAAGGAAGUCGUCUGAUUUAAAGCAAUGGCGGGAAAAUGCUUAAUAAUAAAGAAGACAACAGAUCAUCUAGUCGUGUUUUGUCGAUAAUCUAGUCGAAUUUUCUAUGUGUGUGGUCUUCUUCAACUUCCGAGUGUCGAGAAAAUAUGCUAGUUGAAGCUAGCGGUACAUCGUGUUAUAGUACCAGUAACAGUAUUCAACUAUUAGCGUACCGCUAAAACUGACCGAGAUUUCCCGCCAAAAGAGGUUUUAAAAAGAAAGAAAGAUAAAAAAAGAAAAGAAAACAAAGAGUCUUAACGACGUCAGAAUUCGCAUUGCACUCUUCUGGUCUCGAAAAGCAAUGAUUAUGUCAUGCUGGUAAAUUCAACAAAGACGAGACCGUGACUAACGUUAAGAGCUCAUAUCGCAAGGGGAAAAGGAAUACUCCGCCAUCUUACAGGAAACACGACUGCGCAGGCGCACAGCGUGAUCCAAUGCCUUCUACAGUGUCUUUCAGAGCUGCCAUUGGAACUGCCUUCCUUAUGUUCGGGACAGCUAUACACGUGGCAGCCAUUGCAUGUCCCUAUUGGUUCCACUUGACGUAUCGAGACAUAGCUUUGCACGAGGGAUUGUGGGAAAUAUGUUUGUCAAACAAGACGUCUGGUUCAGGACAAUGUCAUCAGAUCCCGUCAAGCUAUCCCGUGUGGUUCCAUGGUGUUCAGACGCUGGAGUUGCUAGGCGGUCUCUGUGAGCUGGUUACCAUGGUGGUAGUCGUGUGUUAUCUCUGCAAGGGAGCAACCUACUACAACUGGCUCUGUCAGUUCUUUGGCGUCUUCGCAGGUCUUUUAAACGUAGCUGGUGGGAUUAUUUACACGCAAAGAACCAACUACCCGGAAUGGAAUCUCGUGCAAACUUUGGAUGCAGCGCGUCCAAUCCUCGUCCAGAUUACAGAAUAUCAAAGCGAGUUGUCUUGGGCGUUCGGAUUGGCCAUGGGGUCGUCCGGACUGGACUGCGUUGCGGCCAUUUUCUUUGUUUGGGAGAGUGUUAGACGCGUGACGCCGCCAACGAUUUUACCGUACCAGUUACUUACGUAGCGCGUGCUUUGACCCAGUAGAAACUGAGGUAAAAUCCAUAAUAAGCAAGUUAUGCUACAUCCCCUCCCCCCCCCCCCCCCCCCAUAAAAAACAAAACAAAAAAAACAACAACAACAAACAAGUGACUAGAAACAAAGUGUUUUCAGGCACAGUUAAACCUAGCCCGAGUAGGCCAACUCUGACGGCAAGAGAGCAGGGUGGACAUUAGGACAGUUGUGAUGAUCUCGUUAUAACCGUCCAAAUGUCCGUCUUGCUCUCUAAAGGUCAAGUCAUACAUUGAUUGCCGACCUCUUGCGGAAUUGAAUUUUAAAAAAAAAUUUUUUAGGUAAACUGAAAAGCAUUGAACGAAUGCGCACUAAAAUGUAAUAUAAACAGUGUUAAAAUCAUCCUGAAUUGACUGGAAAAUGAUGAUUAGGUUUCAACAGAAGCAGGACUGGACGAGUCCACUAUUCGCCAACAAUCAAUCUUGAGUCGGCGGUGAAGUAUAAAUCUAGCUUUAUGGUUAGAGUACUUGGGCUAGCGUUUGACCAUUUUGAAAGCCUGGUGACGCCCGUGGUUUCAGUCCCUAGAAACAAACUCGUUGAUCACCAACCUAGAAAUAAAUGGUCACAAUGUUCCAGAAAUUAUAUAAAUCGAGGAUGCAAAAGCGCCCGAAUUUCUAGGUGGAUUCACUACCAAUAUUUUUUAUUCAGAAUUAUGGGGGGUGGGGGGCGCUAGAGCUUGAUAAACCAUGUCCCCAUUGUAACCAUUACCAUAGCAGGUUCGUAGGACGAAAAUGUAGGGUUUUUUUUGGUCCUACUCUUUAGGCCUAUAAAUAAAGGCAACACAAAUAUGGCUUGCGCCCCCCUUCCCCCACACAUUGAAGGUUGUCCCUUACCCCUCCCCGACUACUAGUCAUAGUGCAGAGUUGGGAAUAUGAAAUUUUAGUCAAAAUAUUUGUGAAUUUUGUAAAGAAAAUCAGACACAAAAUCUACCAAACUCGUUCAUGAAUGAAACAUGUUUCACUUCCGUCAUGAAAUAUUCUCCAUAGAACCUAAACUAUUAUUUUUGGAAUUGUAUUGUAUAGUGCGUUUAUAAAUGAAUGAAUGAAUAAAUGUUUAACAAGUCCAUGUGUGCACAUACGCGCUUUUUUUUUUUUACAACUGUCAAAAGGUUACAUGAAAAUUAAUAAAAGAUUAAAUUUUC